CUUUUCACUAACAUCAACAUACCAAUAUUUCUACAACAUGUUGUUUCCCCGUUUAACUGCCGCACUCGGCCAGUGCAGCCGCUCUGUAGUACACAGUAAAAGUUAUUUGAAGACCAUUGCUUUUGGUAGAAUUGCACAAAGACCCAUGUCUGCGGCCGCUGCCCCAAGCGCAGUGCCUGCACUCACAGGGUACUCCAAGGCCAUGAGCUACAUGCACUGGCUCACCGUUCCAGCAGUGUUAGGCUGUGUAGGCACCGUUUUGUAUGCACAGACACUUAAGGGAAAGCCACGUGGGAACAUGAUGUUCUGGCACAAAAGUUUAGGACUUCUAACCGGAAUUAUCGCAGCACCUCGUGUUGCUGUGAUGCUCACGAGUAGGAAACCUGCCGCCUUCAACACCAACUCAAUCAAAGCUGCCCUUGCUGCGGCCACACAUUACGGGUUAUACGGAUUUUUGAUCAUCAUGCCUGCGACUGGAGUCGCAAUGGGAUAUUACGGUGGAUUUGGAUUGCCCUUCUUCUGGACAAAACUGUCGGGAGCUGCUGAGGCGGACAAAAGUAUUUCCGGACCAGCCUUUAAGGUGCACAAGUUUGUCGGGUACUACGGCAAAUUCCUCAUUCCGUUGCACGUUGGCGCCGCUGGAUUUUCAUUUGCUCGUGGCGAGGCCAUCUUCGCCCGUAUAAAUCCUUUCAGAGCCAUCGCCUAAACCAAUAGGUUCUGAGUUAAGGUCGAUAUUAAAGGCCAUGCAUACAAUUAAAUAACAUCGCUUAGCUGGCUUACAAGCAUCGG